AUGGGAGGACUAGAUAGUGACACGGGGGAGAUUAAACUGUCUGCUGUCUUAGGUAUUACUGAUGUCGGUCUUGCCCAGCAAAUGCUAAGCCUGCUAGAUGAUAUUCAGGGUUCCAGUAUCAAACAACGAACGGAGGGUAUUAAAGAUUUGAAGGCGUUGUUUGAUCCGAAUAGCCCUGCCAAAAAUGUUAGCGUUCUCGGAGACAAGGCAUUCCACAAAAUUUACGAGGUGCUCUUCCAAGCAGUCAUUUCCGAAAAAGCAAACCUCCUCUCUGCGAGGAAAACUACGGUGGCUGCGACCAUAACACGGCUUUCGGCUUGUGCGGAUGCGGUUCGCAUUGUAGUAAAAGCCGGAGCUUCCAAAAUCAAGCUGAAGACUAUAGAAGCAAUAGUCGACCACAUUACACUAACGCUACCGACCGCAGAUAAUGAGUAUUGCCAACCUCUUGCUCAACACUAUCUCAAAGCACUGAGCAUCUUGUUCGAGCACACGCCAAACGCCGAGCGUCUGAAAAAUAGCGCCUGGUAUGAAGUGAUUGACUUUUGUGUUCAAGGCAUCGACCAAUAUUUAAACGGUCACCAUAGAGGUCCUUCUAGCUCAGCUCGUAGUCUCUCGGGCACUCAUUUGUCGAUGGCCAAGUCUGGUACCUCCAAUGGCCAUUCUCAAAUUCGUUCUAGCUCUAUGUCCAGGCAAAAUGUAGAGGAUCUCCUACAAACCAUCUGUCUACUUGUUUCUCCAUCAAACGCACCUAUUGCAGAAAGAUUCCAUGAAGUUAUGGAUAUCGCCGUGCGGUUUCUGCAGACUCAAGGCAACAGUGUCAGUCAGGUGCAUCAACUUGCCUUCUCAAUUGUCAAUGCUGUGCUCUCCUACACUUGCACCAACCAGACCUCGUUUUCGCAAUUAGUCGCCCAGGAUAUUGUUCCGGUAAUUUUACGCUUCUGGCAAGGAAAAACCAUCGCAAAGGACGAGAUGCUAAACUCUGUGAAAGAUGAAAUGUUAAUGUUUCUCUUUGCAGUGCACCCGCAUUUGGAACGAAGUGUAAUGGAUGAAGAGAGCCAUGAAACUCUGACCGUACUGGAGGAUUUAUCAGAUGCCAUAAAAGCAGACUACACGAGAAGAUCGGAUCGAGACCAGCUUCAAUUAGAUGAUCUUGAAAUGGUUGACCUUGGAGCGAAAACGAGCAGCACCUCCCCAUUUUCUUUACAUGUCUUUCGACUCAGACCCCACAACAUUCGUGCUGAACGCAACUGGGGAAACCUCCAGGCCAUUGGCAUACUUGAGCGACUUGUUAGCCUUGGUCAUCAAAAGAGCAGCUUAGCAGGCAAAACUGAGGACCAAGGUAUUGACCAGCACCCUCGUAAGCGUCAACGGAUCGCCCAAAGCUCGGAUAGAAUAUUCUUUUCGCUGAAGUCAGAGAACGAAAAGUCACGGGUCUCAAUUCUACAAGCUUUGCCAUUCAUCCUCCGUGACUACCAACUUUCAGCCGCCGUAUUAGAAGAAUUCCUUGACGAGCUGCGUUCUUGUGCUGCUGAUAAAAGAGGGAACGUUGCUUCGUGGGCGCUACUUGCAAUUGCCAGUUGCGCAUUUCAGAAAGCCGCUCCCGAGAUCAGUUCGCUUCACUGGACAGGAGUUUGGCAUCUUGGAACCAGAUUACUGACAUUCUCAAACACAUGUCGCGCUGCUGCUUUGCAACUACAUACUAUACUUGCUAAGAACCUUGUAGAAUAUCACAAUGUUGGCGAAGACGUCAACUCAAUGAUUACUGCUGCUGAUAGCAGUGGCCCGGUCACCCUUUCCGACUCCGCGAUUUCUCUGGUUGCACAUUUGCUCAAUGUUAGAGUCACGGAGGUCCCAGGGGCCAAUCUUGCGACGUCUAAUCAUAUCAUCCGAUGGUUAUUCGCCAGAUGGAAUCCAGCUGACCGUUACUUCGCAACUCAUUAUGCAAUGCAUGUGCAACCAUUGCACAUUAUAAACCUACUCCGUUCCUGCCUAGGCUUACGUCGUGUAAGCAUGUCUUCUGACACUAUCAUGCCUUGUGGACCUCUUGGGAAGGCUUGGCAGAGCUACAAGGAUUCUCGAGUUAUCAUCCAAUAUCUCUUGCUAUUAGAAGGAACAGAACCACUCCAUACGACCCCUUGUCGUUCCUGUCCAAAUCACGAGACAUCCGGAAAUAUCGCUUAUGUUCUAGAUUCGUCCCACUUCCUCUCAACUCGCAAGCUCAUUCUAGAACUCAUUCUUCCCAAAUGCAGUGAGCUGCUUUCAAAUUGGAAGGCCUACAGCAAUGAUCGAGCAUCGUCAAUUUCCACUGAAAUCUUUCGCAAUGCUGUUUACAGUUGUAUUUCAAUGCUACUGUGUAUGCCUCACUUCUCGGGCGCAGGCUUACUGCAGCUGCACGUAUUUGAGACCAGUCUACAGGAUCUUUAUAAGGAGAUUAUCGCAUUCCUAAACGAAUCAGAAGCUAAAGAUCUGGAUGGAACCCGCGUUCUUAUCGAUACACUCCUUCAAUGUGUGCAACCAUACUUGCCCGUAUGCGGGUCCAUUCAGCUUUCUCUGCUCUUGAAGAACUCGCAUCUAGGUGAAUUUCUUGUCGUGUUGGCAGAUGACUUUACAAAAAGACGCGCUGUUCUUGCUACUUCAGGGGAUGGCGAUGAUCCCAUGGAUAUGGAUGACGAAUUUUCUACGCAAAACAGCCAUCGUGGAGUCGAUGUACAAAAAACCAUCGUCCCGAGACAAGUUCUUGCGCUGGACACAUCGCCAACCUCCUUCUAUUUUCUCGUCUUUCAGCGCUUACUGCUAAUCGAUGCUAUGAGCGUAACCCCGGACUUUACAGACUUUAUACCUUCUUCAUUCAUCGAUCAAUUGAUUGCGCUGUCAGAUGAGGAUUUGUUGCUAAGUCGAAAUUUACUAAAAGAAAUCAUGAACUCAGAUCUCACCAUAGAUAUCAAAGACGCGGCUUCCUUACUUGAGCGUCUUGGUCCUAUCAUUGAGUCCAACGAAUUCGAGCGUUGUGAAGUCGCAUUGACUCUGUGCCUGGAUCUCCUUGUCGGCUUGGGACAUCUUUGGUCAGCCGAGAACGCUGCGGGCAGCUUGGCCGGAUUAGCUCUCGAUUUCUAUGAGCAUUUCUUCAAGAGCCUCGGAACAGCGAGUUUGGAGAAGCAUAGCGUAUCUGUAGAAGUGCAAAAGGGCAUCGCAAAGCUACUUUUUCUCCUCCUUCAAAGGGCCCCCCACUUUGGUGACGGGGAAUCUAUACCCUCUGCUCGGUCUAAUCUCUUCGAUCUACUCAAAUUGGGACCUUCCCCGGUCAAAUUCUACAUUGGGGAUCGCCUUUCAGAAAUCUUUCACCUCUUCGUGCUCGAGAGCCAUGACGAUAUUUUUGUCGAUCUUCUUGUAAUCUUGCCGUCUGAUCCAGGCUGCAUAGAAGGUAUAUCAUUCCGGCUUUAUUCCCUUGCAAAGAUGGCCUCCGAGUGGCCGACUUUAUUGCGCAGGUGCCUCUAUGGUCUUUUUGAAACUGCUGGAUCGGUACCAGAAUGCCUACAACACACCACUAGAUGUUUGUUAGAGGUAUCAUCUGCCCUCAAGUUGCAUAAUCCACAAGAACUAUUCACACUGUUCGCCCCCCAGCUUUUGUACACUCGACUCGAAUUAGGAGAAGACCUCAAAGGCAUUCCUUUCCAAAUCUUUGGUUUCUCCUGUCUUAAGGACCUCUUACGGGCUGCACAAGAGGAGAUAACAGGCUUGAUGAUGAUGCGUGGCCAAGAUGAAGGUGUUCAGCAAAUUGCUGCAAUUCUUGGCGUCAAGGAGAGCGAGCUUCUAAAAGAUUGCUUCACCAAGGUCACGGCAUAUGCAAUCGCUCAGGAUAUCAAUGCUUCUUCCAGCAGUGGGGAAAGGCAGGCCCGGGUGCGGAAACGUCUUGGCCAGGAGACUUUUUUCGAAUGUAUCAAUGCGCAUUUUGCGGAUAUUAUUGCCCUGUUCUUCAACAUUAGCGACCCUCAAGAUACUGUUGAGAAGUACCUGAAGAGGUGCCACCUUGACGAUGCGGCCGAGAUUAUGGUGGCAAUCAAGUCCACAGGCUCCUCCAAGUUAUCCCUACCUCCGAAUCAACAGCCAACCUUCAAGGACAAGUAUUUAUUUCGCCAGAUUGAACAGUUGUGUUUGCAAACAGAGUUUGAAAGUCGCAGUAUCUACACCCCAGCUCUAGUCACUUUUAUCGCGAGGAAACUAUUUGGUACUAUUCACUCUGCAUUGGGGUCCUUGCACGCCUGUUCUGUUCUCCGAAAAGCUCGAACGUUGAUCUCGUUGGCUGGCGACACGGCAGUCAGAGGCUACCCGCUAGAAAUGCUCUUACAAGCAAUUCGACCUUUCAUCGGCGAUCCACAGUGCGCUGAAGACGCAGUCGGGAUUACUCAAUAUCUUCUGAGCCGAGGCUCAAAGUACCUUUCGAAAGUGCCUUCUUUUGUUGCGGGAAUCACGUUGGCAAUUCUCGGGUCACUACGUUCUUUCUUAAAAACAGGUCGAGCAAGCAGCACACAAGAAAGUCAAUACAAGACCACGGUGUCACGGGUCGAAGGGUUCCGUGAGUGGUUUGGCACAUACCUUUCCAUGUACAUCUUUCCGGCCCUAAAGGGUCUACCUAAGAUCCAAAGGCUCCUUCAAUCUGCCUAUACGUCUGACUGGCUCGGAAAUCCCGAGUCCGGGACACCUGAAAGUGAACUCCUUCUCGACUUAUUGCAAGAUGAGCAGAUAAAUAUUAGGUUUCUGAGCAAACCCUCCCGAGAGCUUGCGCUCAACAUGUUAUGCUCGGACUUCCAAAGUCCGGCGUCUUUCCGUACGGAUGUGCUAGGUGAUGAUAUUUCUGCGAUAUCAAAUGCUGUUGUGGUUUGGAAAUCUUGCAAGGGCAACUCGUCCAGCAAGGAAUAUCUCUCCUGGGCGGGGAGAAUCCUUGGGCGUGCCUUUGCAGCAUCAGGGCAUGUCCACCAGGAGCUUCUGAGGGAGUCAGCGUUAUCCGAGAUCAAAGACCUUUCAUUAGCCUCGGAAAAGAACGGGGACUCGAGAACUUGCGUCUUCAAUUUACUACGGGACCUUGUUCUCGGCUACAGUGAGCUUCAUGCAGGUCUCGCUGAAGCUGCUCUGCGUGUCGUUAUGACAACGUCCGAUGAAACACUCAAGGAGACUUGCAGGAAAACUCUUGCCAGCGGUGCAGAGGGGCUUUAUAUUGCCUCCAUAUGGGACCCUUAUCAGGCGCCGCCGUCGGAAACUCUUGGCCAUUUGGAAAUCGAAUCACACAGCGAGCCCUACGAUUUGGAUGCAAUACUCCGUACGGAUUGGCUGCGUAACCUUACCAUUGCCCUUGCCAGAUCUGUUCCGGACGAUAUUCUUCUAUUCGCGUUAGUACCAAUCGUAUUAAAGGUCCCAACGUUCGCGGAACGAGCCUUUCCAUUCAUUCUUCAUCUUGUCUUAUCGUCUCCCUAUCAAAGCCAGCAUACAGCCAAGAAGGAUCUUUCGAAGUCUUUCAUGAACUGGCUCGGUGACAUCCCAGACGUCAGUAAGAACAAUUUGAAAGUUUUGAUCAAUGCUCUUCUAUAUCUCCGAACACAGCCACUACCUAGAGAGACUUCAAUAGCUGACAGAUCAUAUUGGCUUGAAAUUGACUAUCUGAAAGCUGCGGCCGCUGCAACACGGUGCGGUAUGUUCAAAACUGCACUACUGUUCGCUGAAGAUUUCUGUUCAGCGCCGGUGAAGUCAUCUCGCCGCUCGUCGGUUAACCAUAGUUUCGAGCAAGCCGACAUGCCAACUGAAAUGAUGCUUACCAUCUUCCAAAACAUCGACGACCCUGACGUCUAUUAUGGUGUCAAACAAACGGCCGACCUGAACACGGCUUUGGCUCGAUUUGAGUACGAAAAGGAUGGCCCAAAAAGUCUCGCUUUUAGAAGUGCUCAAUAUGAUACCCACUUGAGAAGACGGGAUCCUGAAUCCAAACAAGACGCUCAAGCUUUAGUGAAAGCUCUCGACAAUCACAGUCUAAGUGGUCUCUCUCAUUCCCUUCUCCAGGCCCAACAAGCUGUCGGAAUGAGUGCUGAAUCCCUUGAUUCUAUGUUUCGUACAGCCAGGAAGCUUGAGCAAUGGGAUCUUCCUGUGCCGAGCUCUUGCAGCAAUAAUGCGGUUACUACUUAUAAAGCAUUUCAGUCAAUUCAAACAGCUGUAGAGCACGAUACAAUACUGCAGGCAAUAAACGAAGGGUUUGAAUGCACAAUGAAGAGUCUAACGGAACAAAAUAUUGGCGCGAGCGCUCUCCAUGACUCACUCCAAACACUGGCUGUACUGGUUGAGAUGGAUGAAGUUCUGAGCACUCAAGGCUCCGAACAAAUCGAGGAAAUGCUCUCUAGGUUCCAGGACCGAUCAGUUUGGAUGAGAACUGGCAGAUUCGAUGACAUCAAUCAAAUUCUAUCUUGUAGAGGAACUACUUUAAGCACGCUGAGCCAGCAACCACGACUCCAAAGUUUACUGGGGGUUAAUCAAAUCGACACUAGCUUGGUGGAAGUGCGGGCUGCCCUCCUCGCAUCUACGCUAAAUCGAGCUCAUAAUGCUCUUCAAGAAUCAUUGUCCCUAGCCAUGUCGCUAAUGGGACUCAUUGAUCCAUGCCAAAAAGCCUCUUUGAACGUCGAGAUCGCGAUUCGAGUAGAGGCUGCCAAUGCAUUGUGGGAUCAGGGGGAUAUGACGUCGUCCAUCGGAAUGCUACAAGAUUUAGACAAUCCAGUCGCUCUAAAGAGGCAAACCGUUACUGUCGGACGUUCAGAUUUACUCUCCCGAAUUGGCCACCGGAUUUCCGUGGCCAGGCUCGAAAAGCCUGAUCAAAUUAUUGACAACUAUCUCAAACCCGCACUUAAAGAACUCAAGGGAAAGACAAGUGGAAGCGAAGCUGGUCAGGUAUUUCACCAAUUCGCGGUAUUUUGUGAUCAGCAACUCCAAGACCAAGACAGUCUUGAGGAUCUAGAGCGCCUGAGGAAAAUGAGUGAGAACAAGAAGGAUGAGAUCACGCAAUGCGAAAAACUUAUGAAAAGCACACCGUCAACAGCAGAGCGAUCCAAAAUUAGGAUCCAACAUGGGAAAGCGAAAACCUGGCUCAAACUUGAUGAGGAAGAGCUCCAGCGUCAUGUUUCCAACAGGGAGCAGUUCCUAGGGCAGAGUUUAGAGAACUACUUGCUUGCUUUGGCCGCCUCUGACGAACAUGACGGUGCCGCUCUUCGUUUCGCUGCUCUUUGGCUAGAGCAUGCGAAGAAAGAUAUUGCAAACGACGCGGUUUCAAAACAUAUCAAGCACGUCCCGAGUGGAAAGCUGGCAUCUUUGAUGAAUCAACUUGCAUCCCGUCUUCAAAACUCCGAGGCGAAAUUCCAGCAGCUUCUAUUCUCUCUCGUAGUGCGAAUUUGUACAGACCAUCCAUACCAUGGGAUGUACGUCCUCUACGCCGGGACGAACAGUUUGCCAGACUCAAAGGAUGAGGCGGCAAUGUCGCGACAUCAGUCAACAAAAAGGGUCGCAAACGAGUUAGAGGCAACGAAAAAGGCUGUUUCGAUUUGGCACGCAAUCAAAUCGAUCAGCAGAUCCUAUGUGCGUCUCGCGGUCGAAAAGGAUGAUCACAAGUACAAAUCUGGGCGAAAGGUAGCCGUGAAAGAUUCCCAAGCUGCUAGCAGCCUGAACGCUGCGUUCCCUAAAUAUCGAAUCCCACCACCAACGAUGCCCAUUCAAAUAUCUGCAGAUCUGGAUUAUUCGAAGUUACCUUCGAUGAUGAAACUCGAGCCAGUCUUCUCCAUUGCAUCUGGCGUCAGCACGCCAAAAAUCAUAACUGUCGUUGCUGACAAUGGAGCUAGGCUCAGACAGCUGGUCAAAGGAAGCCAGGAUGACUUACGCCAAGACGCUAUAAUGGAGCAAGUGUUUGAACAAGUCAGCGAACUUCUGAAAACUAGCCAGUCAACUCGUCAGAGGGAUCUGGGAAUCAGAACAUAUAAAGUUGUGCCGUUGAACUCGGUUGCUGGAGUAAUGGAAUUCGUGGCAAAUACGAUUCCGCUUCACGAGUAUCUGAUGCCCGCUCACGAGAGGUAUCACCCUAAAGAUUUGAAAGGUACGCAGUGCCGUAAAGAAAUUGGCGAGGUUCAGACACAGUCGACAGAAAUCAGGAUUCGUAGGUAUCGCAGCGUUGCGGAACGUUUCCAGCCGGUCAUGAGGUACUUCUUCACCGAACAUUUCGUUGACCCUGACGAAUGGUUCGUAAAGCGACUGGCUUAUACCAGAACCACGGCCGCCAUCUCGAUUCUUGGGCAUGUGCUUGGUCUUGGAGACAGGCAUGGCCACAACAUACUCCUUGAUACCCAAAGUGGGGAGGUUGUUCACAUCGAUCUCGGUGUGGCUUUCGAGGCAGGUCGCGUCCUGCCUGUGCCAGAGCUUGUCCCGUUCCGGCUGACUCGUGAUAUUGUCGAUGGAAUGGGAAUCACGAAGACUGAAGGGGUCUUCCGUCGAGGUUGCGAGUUUACCCUCGAAGCUCUGAGGAAAGAAGCCGACAGCAUUAUGGCUAUCCUCGAUGUGCUCCGAUACGAUCCUCUCCACAGCUGGUCUGUCUCCCCUGUACGAUUGGCGAAAUUGCAAGAGGGGCAAAGCGCAGCUCCUAACAUCAACGAAAGAGCAAAAGCGGCGGUCAAUGAGCCGGGCGAGGCUGCCAGAGUCUUGACUGUUGUGAGUAAGAAACUCUCAAAGAGCUUGAGCGUCACAGCAACUGUGAAUGAUCUCAUCAAUCAAGCCAGUGAUGAAAAAAAUCUAGCUGUAUUAUAUUCUGGCUGGGCUGCAUAUGCGUAA